GAAGUGCGGAUUGUUCAGAAGGAUUGGGAUAGUGUGUUCGCAUCUGAAAUAAAAAAAUGUGGUGAGGUCUUGCAAUGCCAUCAGUGUCGAGCUGUAUGUCACAAGUAUGGCAAUGAGGAUCGUUGUAGGUUCCUCUUUCCACAUGAGCUUGUAGACAUGUCUUACUUUGAUGCAGAAACAAACUCAGUUGUCCUUGCUUGUCGAGAUGCUUGGGUUAAUUACUACAGUCCAUAUAUUCUCAUAUUUUGUCAUCAUAACCAUGACAUCAAGUGCAUCCUCUUGGACAAAGGUGCAAAGGCAGCUAUGUUCUAUAUAUCGGAUUAUAUCACUAAAAUGGAUCUGAAGACUUAUGAGAUGCUCUCUCUUCUG